AUGUCAGGUCCCGUGGACAGAUCCACCAUGGGCCUUGCAUACCCGAGUGCACCGCCAUUACACACAUUGCCGACGCCGGCGACAAGGCACGAAUGGCCGACGCACAGCGAUAUGGCCUGCACACAUCGCAACAUGCCUUCCCGAGACUCAGCACGUUGGGAGCGGCCCGUCGUGCCCUUGGUCACACCAGAGCACAAGGAACGUCAUUCUGCCAAUCUUUACGAUGGCGUAUCCGGUAGAGAUGGCCGACAACGUAGUCCCUCAAUUAGUGCUGAACUAGAGAAAGGGAACUUCAAGACGCCUGAUCGGCUCAACGCAAAGGACAUUACGUUCAACGAGCCGACGGGCGCUGACGUUGUGGAGUUCAGAACCUCUGUUGACACCCUCAUGAAGGCCAUACAGGAGAGACCUAGGUCCUACGCUAGUAUCAAAGGUGUUCCAGAGAACGAUCAGGUCAAGGCAGAGCAUGAAUCGCCCAAUGGCCAUCACCUUGACAACCACAAGCGUGCGCACACUGGGGAGAAGCCAUACACUCACAUGCGCCGACAUGCCGGUGAGAAGCCAUUCCAAUGCAAGCAGUGCCCAGCGUCGUUUCCGCACCGCGGCAACCUCCAAUCACACACGGCAAUACAUACCGGCGAGAAGCCAUUCGUCUGCAAGUUGGAUCAGUGCAACAAGGGGUUUACCCAGAGAGGAAACCUCAAGGCUAUUGCGGAGCUGGCCGCCUUGAUGAACUCCACUCCCGACGUUGAAGGUCUAGACGACGAGCAACGCGAGACAUACCGUUACCUCGAGAGCAUGUUCAAGAACAUGGGCAUGAUUGCUUGUGGUGGAUCGAGCAAGAAGGUGUUGGCCGGGUUCCUUCAGACAGAGUAUCCUACACAGUAA